UCCGCGUGAUAAUUCCGAUAAUUCCCCCGACUUUUGGGGAUCGUUUUAAAAAAGAAAUAAAUAAGAAAAUAGUGGAUAUUUUCCGAAAUAUAAAAAUUGAUUCUAUUGUAAAUGAAGUCGAGGAAUUAUUAUUAAGGAAAGAUUUUAUAAUUUCGGCGAAAUAUGGAUAAAUAGGGAAAUAUUUCGAGUAUAAAAUUCGCAAAGGGAAAAAGCAGAGGAAAAGGUUUAGAAUUCUUUUUUCUUUGCGAGUUUGAAAAAUAUGUUGAACAAUUUUCCAAGUGACGAACUUUGAUUGUUAAUUUGAUUGUCUAGUCAAGAUUAUAAAUAAUUUAUUUAUAUUUCUAUUGUAAGAAAAAGAAGAUAAAAUGAGUUUAAUGAGCAGAUUUUUGUACUGGUGUAAAACUCCAACAGGACAAAAAGUCGGCACUGGACUGUGCAUUGGCAUAAAUUUUGGAGUUUUUUAUGCUGUAUAUUUACCACAAACAUUUUUCAUACAAAAAUUAAAGAAUUUGGUGCAACUGAAUGAGAUGGGAAAACCAGUCGAAGUGCCAGAGGACUUGAAGAUUCUCUUCAACGAAGUUAUCGGCGACUUGGAAUUCCAGGAAUUCGAACGCAAAGUCGUCGAGCCAUUCAUCGUCUGUCGCUUUCGACCAUUUCAAGCUGGAGUAUUACAUUCGACAAGCGGUGGAAUCAUUGGCAUUCCAUGGCACUUCACCUACAACGAUAUUCUCGAUGUGAAAAUACCAAAACUCUCACUCUUCAAAAUGCCCGUCGAUGUUUCGCGCUUGGAAACUGAAGAUUUGGCCGAAUCGCUUGUUCUGUCGCGCGACGCAAAGAAAUUCGCCAUUGCACACGAAUUGUGCUUACUGCGUGAGUCUGAGUGCAUUUUAAAUUCAGUAUUCGCCUCGGCUUUCUGUUUUCUCAGCUACUCUGUGUCGCAAGUGGUGAAGCAUAAAUUUCACCUCUACACAAAAUCGCUGUCGUUACGUCUUCUUCUUUACACGACGAGUGGUUUCGUUGGCGCUGCACUUUACUUCAUACAAAAAGAUUAUUACGCCAAAAAAUUGGAGAAAAAGAUUGACGCCGAAUUGGCGAAAUUGAAUAAUAGUUACUUGCAAGGUGGACUUGAGUAUUACAGUAAAGUGAUGAAGACGAAUAUUGCUUUGAGGAAAUUACUCGAUGAUUAUGGUGAUAAGACUUAUGAUGAUAAAGGGGAUCUCGUUUAUUUAUGGAGGCAAAAAACGACGCCUUAUAGUGAGAGGAAAUUAUUUUUUGAAAUGCUCGCGAAUACUGAGAAGGCGUAGAUACUUCUUUUUGUUAAAACUAGUCUUUAGCUAAGUCACCGAAAAUUUAUAAAUAAAUAACUGUUGAAUUAA